AUGGCAAAGAUGAGUAUUGGGGAGGAGACGACUACAGAAGUACCUCCUGAUUCAGUCUGCUCCUUCUGCGAUGUCUACUCGCCCACUUACGCCUCUUGUUGGCCUUCACCACUGCUUAAAUUGGAAGGGGUCGGCACCGAUAACAAGCUUUACAUCACCACUGCACCGCCCACCGCUGAUACAACUGGCAUAAAGAGCGUACCUGCAUCGCCACCUGAACAGCGCUCGGUUACACUUACACCGGAACCAGUUUCUGUAGGCGAUGCGUCAGAGGUGGCGGCGGCUCUGAUUGAGACUCAGGCAGGGGUCUCACCCUCUCCCUGUUCUAACAGUAUCAACUCUUCAAAGCACUCGGUGUUACGGCAUGUUUGGGAUCGGUCGAUUGUUGUUCCUCCUUCCCUCUCCUCUGUUCCUACCGUCUCCUCUGCAUCGUCAGAAGUACAAAAUUUUGCCGUCGCCGCUUCAGAGAAACAACUUUCCCAAAUGGCACCAUUUCAACCACCCCAGCCAAAUCUCACCGCAUCUCUCCCGCCGCUAAAACGAUUCACCAACUACAUGGCUUCUGCUGCUGCGGCCGCAGCAGCAGAUUUUGGCGCUCCUGGCUUUAACUUUCCUUUUGAUAAGGAACAAAUGCAGAUUUUGAUGCAGCAAUACUUCUCAAAAACCUCGGAGGCCACACAGCAAUUGCAACAGCAACAGCAACAGCAACAACAACAACAGCAACAACAACCGAUGGAGCUAACGGCGAAAGCUAGAGCACCACCUUUACUACCACCACCACCGCCACUGGUACCGUCCGUCUCUGCUCAUCUGCCGAUGAGUGAGCCAAAUUUGUUGGCCUCUGCCAAAUGUUUCAUUGCAUCAGCCGAUCAGCCACUAAAUCUCAAAGGCACAAUCAGGGCUACCACGCACGCACGAGGCACCUUCUACCCACCCACCGGAGUUCCCCCUAGCGGUCCUACGACCGCUAUGCCUCGACAGCAGCAACAGGCGGCAGCGAUGCCGUCCAUGCGUAGCGGCGUCAGCGGUGCAUCGGGCAGAUACUCCUCCUCUGCC